AUGGCUAUUACUCCUUCAACUUUCACUGCCCAACGUGUUUCGACCGGCAAAGUUGCGAAUAAGCCGGCUAGAGAUGCUAAGACGUUGCUUGAGGCUUUCCUCUUAACACAGUCUGAGAUCGAGGCUCACAAGUCUGGGAAGCCGGUGGUUGUGGAUGGUUAUAAUUUAUCGAUUGCUGAUAUCGUCGCCGCCGCUCGUUAUGGAUCUUCUGUUUCCCUCACCGACUCUCCUGCAAUUCGAAAGAAGGUGGAUGCGUCUCGCGACACGAUUCAAGGAAAACUUGAUGCUGGUCACAGUGUCUACGGUCUCAGUACGGGUUUCGGUGGCAGCGCCGACACCCGUACUGGUAAUGCCCUCGUCCUUGGGAAAUCUCUCCUCCAAAUGCAGAACUGCGCUGUUUCUCCUCAGUCUCAAGAACCUCUAGAUGUCUUACCCCUCAACACUGACCCUAUCUCAAACAACACGAUGCCUGAGGCAUGGGUUCGCGCGGCUAUUUUGAUCCGAAUGAACAGUCUCAUUCGUGGUCAUUCGGGUGUGAGAUGGGGAUUCAUUGAAGCUCUCCAGAAGCUCCUGCAAGAGAACAUUACCCCCUGUGUUCCACUUCGCGGAAGCAUAUCUGCCUCGGGUGACCUCAUCCCCCUGUCGUACGUUGCGUCCACUCUGAUGGGCAACCCGAAUAUCCGCGUAUUUGACGGACCAGCGGCUUUUGGACCUCGAAAACUCAUCCCAGCUCCCGAGGCCUUCGCUAACCACGGCCUCAAGCAUGUUGUCUUCGAGGCUAAGGAGCACCUUGGUCUUUUGAACGGAACUGCUUUCACUGCUGCUGUCGCUAUACUCGCUUUGAACGAUUCCCUUCACGUCGCCCUCCUCUCCCAAGUCUGUACUGCAAUGGGGACUGAGGCUCUUCUUGGAACUCAGGCCUCUCACGUUCCUUUUAUUCACGAUGAGGCCCGUCCUCACCCUGGACAAAUUGAGUCAGCGAAGAAUAUCUAUGACCUUCUCGAGGGCAGUAGCCUCGCGGACACCGGCGAAGAAAAAGAGUUGUCUAUUGAAGAGGACACAGGUAAAUUGCGUCAAGAUCGCUACGCCCUCCGUACCGCCCCCCAAUUCAUCGGGCCUCAGCUCGAGGACAUCCUUUCUGCCUUGGUCGCCUUGACCACUGAAGCUAACUCUACCACCGACAACCCGCUUGUCGACGGCGAGACUGGCCAUGUUCAUCACGGCGGCAACUUCCAGGCGAUGGCUGUCACGAAUGCCAUGGAAAAGACUCGGCUCUCCCUUCACCACUUUGGCAAGAUCCUGUUCGCUCAGUUCACUGAGUUGCUAAACCCUGCCUUCAAUCGUGGUCUUCCACCUUCUCUCGCUGGCUCUGAUCCCAGCUUGAACUACUUCGCCAAAGGUCUCGACAUUGCCUCGGCUUCCUAUGUCUCUGAGCUUGGAUACCUCGCCAAUCCCGUAUCGACCCACAUCCAGUCCGCGGAGAUGCACAACCAAGCGAUCAACUCUUUGGGUCUCAUCUCCGCCCGCGCCACCAUCACCUCCAUCGAGGUUUUGAGCAUUCUUAUCGCCGGAUAUUUGUACGUCCUGUGCCAAGCCCUGGACCUUCGAGCGUUACAACGCGAAUUCGACCGUGAACUUCAGACGAUCUUGGCGGAAGAAGUCAAUCGCCACUUCGGCAAUGUUAUCCCCUGCCUUACGGCGCAGACCGACCUCACAUCCACUCUUCUGGAGGCAAUCCGCGAUGCCCUGGAAACCAGCACCACCCAGGACGCCGGCCCUCGCUUGGAGGCUGUAGCGGCUGCCACCACCACUCCUUUGGUUAACUACUUCAUCUCCUGGCCAUCUAACGCCGAGAUUUUCGUCGCGAUUGGCGCCUUCCGCAACGGCUUGGCAGCCCGCAGCACCACUCUCCUUCAGCAACUCCGACACGAUUACCUCAGUGGUGCCCGUGGCCCCACCCCUGCAGCUCCAUUCCUCGGCAAAACUCGACCUGUCUAUGAGUUCAUCCGUGAGACCCUUGGAAUCAAGAUGCAUGGCAUCGAAAACUACGACAAAUUUGCCAAUGGGUUCGGUAACAGCACCGUUGGCGACAACGUCAGCAAAAUCUACGAAAGCAUCCGCAAUGGCAAGCUACAGGCUAUCACCUCCGGCUUAUUCGCAUAA